AUGGAGCCUCAGUAUAUUGCGCUACUGCUUCUAACAUCUUGCUUUUACUUCUUGUAUCGUUUGAUGCCUAGUCUACAAGAACCAACUCGGGCAGUUCCUGGUCCUUUUGUUGCAAGAUUUUCGAGCCUGUGGUAUUUCUCUCGACUGUACUCGGGACAAUUUCAUGACGAGAAUGUUGAGCUCCACGAAAAAUGGGGGAACAUUGUCAGACUCGCACCAAACAUGUACAGCAUAGACGAUCCUGAGGCGACGAAGAUUCUCUACGGACCCGGGACGCGCUUCUGGAAAAGCGACUGGUACUCAGUGUGGGGGUCUCCGGCCAUAGCGUCUGUAAACCUUUUUGCCUUACAGGACACAAAGGUGCAUGCGUCUGUACGACGUCAAUAUGCAUCCUACUUCGCCAUGUCCAGCGUUGUGGGAUAUGAAGACUACAUCGAUAAUGUCACUGAUGUCUUCUGCGCCAAAUUGGAAGAAUACGCAGCUGCAGCGACCGUUAUAGACUUUGGGCAUUGGCUUCAGUGCUAUGCUUUUGAUGUCAUCGCGAAAAUCACGUUUGGAGAGCGCUUUGGUUUCCUUGACGCUGGUCACGACAUUGGCAGUAUCAUGAGUAAUCUUGAGAGUUUUGGAUUGUACAGCACUCUCACCGGUGUAUAUCCUUGUAUACAUCGUCUCAUUUCACGACUCAAUCCUAAACAAGCAAACAACUAUCUCGUCGACUUCACAGUUUCCAAACUGGAAGCACGGCGAAUAGCGUUUGAGCAGGGCAAGCCUCUCCCAGACACUCUAGACUUUUGCACGAAGUUCGCAGUCGCUAAUGAAAAGAGCCCCGAAACAUUUUCUCCUUUGCACGUUAUCGUUGGGGCGGGUUCCAAUAUCGCAGCCGGCUCCGAGACGACUUCGAUUGCCCUCUCCUCCAUACUCGCCAACCUUUUGAAUUCGCCGACAGUGCUGCAAAAGGUGCGCCAAGAAAUUAAAAACGCCAGAGAUAAAGGCGCUGUAUCACGACCCAUUACGUUCGCUCAAGCCCAGGGGCUUAAGUAUUUGCAAGCAGUAGUCAAAGAAGGUAUGAGACUACACCCAUCGGCUGCUUUGCCAUUGUGGCGCAAUGUUCCAGAGGGUGGAGCAACCAUCGCAGGUCAAUACUUUCGAGCUGGAACAGUAGUUGGGAUCAACCCAUGGGUUGCGCACCGCAAUCAAAGCAUAUUCGGGCCUGACGCGAAGAGCUUCCGACCAGAGCGUUGGCUGGAAGCUUCAUCUGAACAAGCUGCUGCCAUGGAGAGAUACUGGAUACCAUUCGGUAUGGGCGCCAGAACUUGUAUUGGGAAGAAUAUCAGUUUCUUGGAGAUUUCGAAGUUAUUGCCGGAGUUGGUCCAAAGGUUCGACCUGGAGCAAGUGGAACCACAGGAAAUGAAAAACAUCAAUCGCUGGUUUGUGAAACAGAAGAACUUCAAGGUAAGAUUCAAGGCUCGAGACGAUUUUUAG